GCAGCAGGAGCCGCCGGCACGGGGGUGCUGUGGGCUGCCGGGGGCAUGGCCGGCUCCCUGAGCCCAGAGUGACUGCAGCUCACUCGAGGUCAGGACUGCUGCUGCCCGGAGGAUGCCCUGGGUGUCUCCGGUUAUCUCCCUCCCGCCUCACCGCAGGGUAUCCGGAGUUGCUCGCUCGCCCCUGCCGCGGGGGGACCGAGGCGCAGGCCUCCAGAGGGUUAAGAGCAUCUGCCUUUACGCCAAGUGUUGGAGCAGGAAAUAAUCUGCAGAGAUACAUGUGCAGCAAUUCAACUGCUGCUGCUCUCCCGGCUGCCGCGCUGCAGGUCGGUGUGUGAGGGAUGCUGUGCUGCUCACAGAAGAUGCUGUCCUGGUGUGUCCGAGGCACCGGGCACAGCAGCAGAGCCCCAGUGAUCUGAGCUGGGGAAAUGUCUCCAUCCAAGAGGAAUUAUGUUGCUGUGCUGGGUCUGUCAGCUCACUGAGGUCUCCCUGGCAUAUUUGAGCCUCCUCCCUGGUGAGCAGUUCAACUCGGUGCCAUCCCCAAGAGCAGAGUGCUUUGGAAGGAGCCCGCUGAAGGCAUGCUAGCAAGACUCUGAGUCACAGCAGAGCAAACUGUCCUAGCUCAUCACCAUACCCUGGCCUCAAAUCCUCUGUGGAGCAGCUUCCAGAGGGGCUGAACUUUGCUGUUUCCUGCCAUGCUGCCCGGUCUAGCUGGUACUGCGUGAGUGUGGGGUAUUUGCCCUGGUCCCUGGUGGGCUCUCCCUUCUUCAGCUGCAUCACCACACACCAGAUGUGCAGGAGGCUGCGAAGAGCUGCCCUUGCUGAGCAAAGGUGCCCUCUUCCAAGGGAAAAGGAAAGCAUCAAUUACCAGUAGAUUGACAGCCAGUGCACCUUGGGCACUGAUGUCUGCAGUCCCAGCCCUGCCACAGAAUCAGGCAGCCCCAGAUCAACACAGAUUAAACAAGCUUUUGGGAAGUUGUGAGGACUCUCCCUGAGCUGCACCAUAACCAACAGCAUCACAUGAAAACAGAAUGAUCAGAAUGGUAGACCUGGGAACCAACUGGAGAUUGCAAAGUCUCCUUUCCCUCGAGGUUACUGGCCAGCGGUCAUCUUCCACCACAUCCAAGGGAACCAGAAGAGCUCUGCACUAGCUUCUAAGGUUUGCCUCACCAUGGAAGAGCAUAGGAUUUUCUGGCUCAGGUGUUACGAAGUUCAGUGUCUGCCUUGGACCUGCAGUUUGGAAAAGGGAUCACCUCUGAGGCACUGUUGAGAGACGCAAAACCCCGUCACAGACAAUGAGCACUUUAAGUAGUCCUGGAAUAUUCCUCAGCUUAACGACAGUGUCUGUUACCCUGGAUUUCAGCUUGCAUGGUGGUCUCAUGGCUUGGUCCUUAAGCAGCAAUCUGACUCUGAAUCAGAGUUUGCCUACAUCUGAUCCUCUUAAUGCCUCUGAGAAGAGCGAAGUCUCUCGGAUGUCUGUGAGGGAGAAGAACUGGCCAGCCCUCCUGAUCUUGGUUGUCAUCCUGCUCACAAUUGGGGGGAACAUAUUGGUAAUUAUGGCUGUGUCCUUGGAGAAGAAGUUGCAGAAUGCCACAAACUUCUUCCUGAUGUCCUUGGCAGUGGCAGACAUGCUGGUGGGUAUCCUGGUCAUGCCCGUGUCGCUCAUUACAGUCCUGUAUGAUUAUGCUUGGCCUUUGCCUAAACAGUUGUGCCCUAUAUGGAUUUCCCUAGAUGUGCUCUUUUCAACUGCAUCUAUUAUGCAUCUCUGUGCCAUCUCUCUUGAUCGGUAUGUAGCAAUACGCAAUCCCAUUGAGCACAGCCGCUUCAAUUCCCGCACCAAGGCUAUUAUGAAAAUUGCUGCAGUUUGGACCAUAUCCAUAGGGAUAUCUAUGCCCAUUCCAGUCAUUGGUUUGCAGGAUGACUCCAGGGUGUUUGUAAAUGGGACCUGUGUCCUCAAUGACGAGAACUUUGUCCUCAUUGGAUCCUUCAUGGCGUUCUUCAUCCCUCUCAUCAUCAUGGUGAUCACGUACUGCCUGACUGUCCAGGUGCUGCAGAGACAGGCAACGGUGUUCAUGUGUGGGGAGGUGCCCAAGCAGAGGAGGAGCAGCGUAAACUGCCUCAAGAAGGAAAACAACGCAGAGAACAUUUCAAUGCUUCACAAUCACGAGGGGGCAUCUCACUUGAACUCUCCUGUAAGUAAGGAGGCCGUGCUCUUUCGGAAAGGAACUAUGCAGUCCAUCAACAACGAGCGAAGAGCCUCCAAGGUCCUGGGCAUCGUCUUCUUUUUGUUCCUUAUCAUGUGGUGCCCAUUUUUCAUCACUAAUGUCAUGUCUGUCCUUUGCAAGGAAGCCUGCGACAGAGACCUGCUGAGUGAACUCCUUGAUGUGUUUGUCUGGGUGGGGUAUGUGUGCUCUGGGGUCAAUCCCCUCGUAUACACACUCUUCAACAAGACGUACCGCAGGGCUUUUUCCAAUUACAUCCGCUGCCUAUACAAGACCAGUAAAAAGUCAGCCCUGCGACAGAACCAGUGUCUGAAUGUGGCUUCAACAGCUUUAUAUGGCAAAGAUCUGACUUUAACUAGUUAUCGAAAUGGCAAUGAACUCAAUAGCAUGGUACUAGAUGAUGCUGAGGAGGGCCUGGAAAUGCAGCCAGGGACUUCAGAGCUCUCCAUAAACAGCUGUAAUGUUAUAAGUGAAAGAGUGAGCUGUGUGUAGAGGUGCUCACACAGCCUUUUGCUGCGGGUUAUCCGUAGCCCAAAUAUAUUGUAUAAAAAUGUAAGUGUUGGUCAAAGGACCAUGUAAAUAUUGCAUUCUGAACAAAGCUUUUCUUUUUUUUUUAAAGAAAAAGGAGUUGUCUUUCUAGUCCAGUACUUAAGAUCAUAUAUAUGAGUAUAUAUGCAGUGAAGUUUAAGGUUCUAUAUUUACUGUUAAUACUAGAUCAGAACUCUUAGUUACUUUGCAUAUGUCAUGGACAAAAUGUUUGAAUUCUUCUUCCAGUGCAUGAACAAAAAUGCUGAAUAUUUAUCUCAGGUGGCAUUUGCUGGAGUCCAGAAUGGCACGUUAAUAGUUAUAUAUCAAAUACAUGCUAUUAGACUUGGUCAGUAGAACUUUCUUUUUCAAGUUGACAGUAAAUAUAUACUUUAAAUCCUCA